CACACAACCCUCGAAAAAUAAAUGUUUUCCUUAUUGGUUUUUUUCUUUUUCCGGUUUAGUGGAAAAUCAAAAAACACUAGACAUUGGAUCAAGUCGCCAUUUUGCGUUUGUUACCUAAUCAACAAAAGUCACGUAAAUUAUCCUUCGGGAAAAAAAAUCGAAAUGUUCACUGGUACUUUGGUCAGAGCUGCGCCUCAAGUGAGGUUAGCCACACGGCAAAUGUCUGUAAUUUCGGGCCCCCCUAGAGUCAGAAUCUCGUUUGCCGAGAAAGUAAUCCACGGGGUUGUUAUCUGCGGGUCUAUGUUGGUCGUCCCCGCUUGGGUUUUGGUAAACAUCAAGAACUACAAAGCUCGUGAUUAAAUCUACUGCAAAUUGCUUAGUCCAGUUUAAUGUUUAUAUUUUAUGUUAAAUAAAUUGUUUAAGGUGUAAA